GAGGCCGGAUGAUUGUCGCUCCCACUCGCAUGCCGUACAUCACAUACACCAACAAUAAAGUGUAUAAAAAAAUAUCAAGAGGGUGAAGGGGAGAGAGAUGUUCAAUGGAUUUCGCUGAGUUAACGUCUGACCAGAGAGGGAAAAAAGACAAGGGGGGAGGGGAGGGAGUUGCGAGUGAAAGAGGUGGGUAAGUAACAGACACUUCAGUACAUCGGAUACCACCGGCGAAUGUGCAACAGCAUCGAGUAUCACCUGGAGUGUUCUCACGUUAACUCACCAGAGGAAAUAUUUAUUUAUUGUUUAAUUUACCAUCUAAUCCUCCUGCAGCGAUUCAGUUGACAUAAUUUUUUUACUAGAAAAGUUAUUGAAAAUUGUGGAGAAAGUCCAAAGUAAAGUGGAGGAUUCAUCGUCAUCCGACAUAAUUUUCCGUUAACUUCAAAAGAACUGUUAAAGUUUCAGUGAACUGAAAAAAAUUCGCUUCCUAUACAGAAUUUUUUUUCCUCUCCGGAAAUUAUUUGGAAAAUCAAAUCAAGGAAAAUUUAAAUGGAUAUUGAUUUUAAGAUUUGAUGGUAAUUCUUAUUUGGAUGUUGAUGGAUUGACGUAUCCCAUUAAAAUGGAAAUUGUCAAAAACUCGUGCGGGAAAUAGGAAAAAAAUUGUUGCGGCAGAGAGAGAGAGAGAGAGAGUAGCCAUAAAAGGGAGAUUGCCGGAUGAUGAUUGUGGUGGGAGUGAAGGAGUUGGAAUGAAGAAUCACGGGGAUGAGGGUACAGCUGAGGCACCGUCAAUCGGCCGAGUAAUCUGCCUGUCUACGCCCCAACCCCGUGGCUUACACUGGCCAAAUAAACAUAUUUAUCCCUCACCCAAGGAGCCUGAAGGGAGUAAACUAACAGGGUAUCAGACACCGGUGUUAUUUCAAUGUCAAUUCAACCCUGUGGAAGUCAGUGAGGAUUGUAGUUAAACAGCAAUGUGAUUUCCAAGUUAUUGCAGCUGUUUGAUAUAUGAGACGCGAGGGAGAGAAGAAUCAAGUGGUGGAUUGGUAAAGCAUGUGUAGGAGGUUGCGGGGUGGUGAGACUGUUGUCAUUGUUUUUGGUAUUUUUGUUGGAUUUUUUGUGAUCAUUGGUGGAACUAGAGUGAGGGACUACAGUGAGUGGGGCCUGCUGGAGGCGUGCAAUGUCAGCACCGACGGAAGGGAAUUUCUGUGCCGGGGUGCGGGAUUAAUCGGCGUCCAACAGGCCAUUCGAACAAUUUCCACCGCUACGGCCAAUGAUAUAACGAAAAUAGAUCUUAGCAACAACAACAUUACCCACAUUCCGUCUAAGGCUUUUCAAUAUGUACCAAAUAUUGAAAUUAUUUUUUUUCGAAGAAACCACAUGUACAGCAUUGAGAGUAGCGCAUUUAGAAAUUUAUCGAAUCUACGAGUUUUGGAGCUGGACGACAAUUAUCUCACAGAAAUUCCCGAGGCAACAACAUACAUCGAAAAACUUGAAGAUUUAUCGAUAUCGAACAACAAAAUUCGGACGAUUGGAGCCAACGCAUUCAGGAGUAACAAAGGUCUCGUGUCUCUCGACUUGCGUAGCAAUCCCAUCAAGGAGAUUCACGAGGAUACGUUCAAAAAUCAUUCACGACUGCGUAAACUAAUAAUCUCGAACGUACGAGGUCUCGUUGACUUUCCCAAUCUCAAUGGAUCGGAUGCACUCGAAGUGUUGAGACUCGAUCGUGCGUCUCUCCAAACAGUGCCCCAUGAUAUAUGCAAACAAUGCCCGAGGCUGAAGAGUCUGGACUUGAAGUCAAAUUAUCUGACGAAUAUUCCACAUUUAACUGAGUGCAUAGACUUGAGAGUUUUGGAUUUAGCCAGCAACAUGAUUACCUCCCUCUCCCACCAGCCCUUCUCCACCCUCCACUACCUCCACGAUCUCCUUCUACCCUACAACAAGAUCAAGACCCUCCCCCAGGACGCAUUCAAUGGUCUAGGCCGUCUCCAACUUCUAGACCUCGAGGGCAAUUUGAUCGAGUUCAUUCAUCCAGACGUGUUUCAUCCCAUCAAACAACUCGAAGACUUGAACUUGGGUAAUAAUGUCUUUCCAGCACUCCCAACAAAGGGUCUCAUCAGUGUUCUUCACCUCAAGACUUUCAAUAAUCCAGCACUCAGAGAAUUUCCCAAUCCUGAACACUUUCCAAGGGUACAAACUAUGGUGUUGUCUUAUGCCUAUCACUGCUGUUCCUUUCUGGUGGACGAGCUUGAUGAGGAGGUGACGAAAUCGUCGGUUGAAGAGUCUGUUGUAUUUCCCGAUGACAAUGAUCUUGAGUUGGGUCUCUGGAAUUCUAAUGUCACAGACGUGUGGCCUCAAUUACAUAAUACAUCAAAAUUUGGUUCAGAUGUGAAAAAACUCUGGGACAAUUAUGAUGGAGAUUUUGCGUACAGCGGUAACAUAGCAGCUUACGUAGAAGAUUACUUUGACGAUGAAGAGGGAAGGGUGAGCGCACCUUCAGGACCCACCCUGCCAGUUCACGUGCAAUGUCUCCCCCAGCCUGGCGCAUUCUUGCCAUGCCAGGACCUGUUUGAUUGGUGGACGCUGAGAUGUGGGGUAUGGGUGGUAUUUCUGAUGGCAAUGCUGGGAAAUGGUACUGUUGUUUUUGUGAUUGUAUUUUCGAGGAGUAAACUCGAUGUCCCUAGAUUUCUGGUUUGUAAUCUCGCCGCUGCCGAUUUCUUCAUGGGAAUUUAUUUGGGUUUCCUCGCAGUAGUUGAUGCCUCAACCCUCGGUGAAUUUCGUAAAUACGCGAUACCAUGGCAAAUGUCAGUGGGCUGUCAGAUUGCGGGAUUCUUAGGUGUCCUGAGUUCGGAAUUGAGUGUUUACACCCUAGCAGUGAUAACCCUCGAGCGAAACUACGCAAUAACUCACGCAAUGCAUUUGAAUAAGCGUCUCUCUCUGAAACACGCCACCUACAUAAUGAUAGUGGGCUGGGUUUUCGCCUUUUCAAUGGCAACUCUCCCCCUCUUCGGUAUUUCCGAUUACCGAAAAUUCGCGAUAUGCUUGCCCUUUGAGACAAAUGGCCUUGCCUCAUUAGCCUACGUUGUUUUUCUCAUGCUCAUAAAUGGCAUUGCUUUUCUCAUUCUCAUGGGCUGUUAUCUCAAAAUGUACUGUGCCAUUCGGGGCUCGCAGGCAUGGAAUUCCAACGAUUCGAGAAUCGCCAAACGCAUGGCACUUCUAGUCUUCACUGAUUUUUUAUGCUGGUCACCAAUAGCAUUUUUUUCCCUAACAGCGACAUUUGGUCUUCAACUUGUUACUCUAGAGCAGGCCAAAGUAUUCGCUGUUUUUGUUCUACCUUUGAAUUCGUGUUGCAAUCCAUUUCUCUAUGCGAUACUCACGAAACAGUUCAAAAAAGACUGCGUUUUAAUUUGCAAAGCCCUCGAAGAGUCGAGAGUAACGCGGGGAAUAGGGAGAUGCAGGCAUUCCUCGAAUUUUAGCAAUCGUCCAACACCAGCCAACACAAACAGCCUCGUUGACAGGUCAUCCAGGGAGAAUCAACCCCACUGCGCAUGCAAUACUCGACUAUUAGAGGUAAAUGACUGGCAGGAUAGAUGGUGGAAUGGUGCCUCAUUGUGGACUUGGAGGAGGCAGCGAGAAACAAGUAUCACAAGUGAUCGGUAUGCUUAUCAGAUUGCAGAGGUUCAGCAGAAGCAGAAUAAACGAGCCUCGUCCAUGUCCUCGAGUGAAAAUUAUUCGUCAUCAAGAUCGGACUCUUGGAGGCAGGCACAUCAUUGUGGAAUACCACUGAGAAUACUCGAUCCCAAGAGAAGAGCAUCCUCCUGGCUCAUCACCAGGAAGACAUCGCAAGAUUCUAAUUUAAGCUCUUCCAGAAAUGAUUCGUCAGGCUCAGGUACUACUGCCAGCACUAGUACCUGGAGAAUGUCCAGGUCCAGUGCUUCGUUGGAGUUUAAUACCCGGACUACACCAAGAUCAAAGCCCAGAUUGAUCAGACAGUUUGCUAUUCAAGAGCCUGAACCACCGGGGAGUCCUAGCCGACUUGCUGUUAGACUUUUGGCUACUAUUCCUUCCGCUGCUGAGAUGAGUGAACAACAAGAGGAGGAGAGUAAUGCUGAUAAAGAAUGAAGACGGGGGAAGAAAAUUAUAAAAUUAUGUCCGGGAGAUAGGUAGUCAAUGCGAGAUUUUAUUGAGGUACUGGAGUGCCAGAGGAAGAAUUUUACUAGAGAAAUGAGGUAACUGGGACGAUGACCUCGACCAGAGAGGGUUAAAAUAUAGUGGAGAUUCCGAGUAUUUUUUCAAUCAUAAGACUGAAGAGAUUUUUUUAAUAUUAACAGAGCAGUGGAGGAGUUGGUUAUCAAACAUUCCAAAGUAUUUAUUUUGUGGAGUCAUUAAUAUUUAUACCGACUUUUAGUUCAGUGUGGAUUUUUUUUUCGUUUUUACUUUUUCGAUAAGUAAUUUGUGAGUUACCAGAGCUUGAAUUUAUCGGGGAAAACGUGACCUGAUACUAACCCAGAGCCAAUAUGAAGUUAUAAAUUAUUUGAUGGAGGAAAGUCAGUGUGAUAUAUUAUACCGCUCAUUAAUUCCCAAUGAACCACAUAUUAUUCAUGUUAAAUAUUGUGAGAAUUUGAUGACUACGGUAAACCUACUGAUGAGGUGGAUAUUUUAGCUGAUGAAUACUCAUUCUAAAUGUGAAAUUUUUACAACGAAAUAAGAUGAUAGAAGGAAAAUAUUUAUUUUAAUUUUCAGUCGUGAAUAAAUGAAAGAUGGAAAAUCUUUACACUGCCAAUGAUAAAAUUGACUGCCUUCUGUUCGAAUUAAUUGUGAAAUUGAAAAAUCAGACAAAGCUAGAGGCAAUGAUGAUCCAGAAAAAACAUUGACAUUGAGGAUUUUAACCAAAAAAUAUAUUUACAAUUUUAUCUAUUAAUGAAUCUACCAUUGAACCUCAAAAAAAAUUCUAAUCAAUUAGCUAGAUGAGAUAUACUGUUAACAAUUGCACUUGGAUUUUGUUGGUGGACAGAAAUGGAAGAAAAACAUACAAAUUGCAGGAUCAAAGCUCACUUUUAAGGAGAGAAUUUUUUCAUACAUAAAGGUGCAAUUUUUAUGCUAUUUAUAUCCAAUGUUUACUUUUUUACAUGUGGAUGUUAUGGAAACAAUUAAUACUCAAAGAAUAAAGCUUGUAAAUGCGUUAUUUAUGGAUUAGAAUAAAUCGUACCUGGCAUUUGGUGGAGAUGAAGAUUAUGUCUGAGCUUGGAGAGGAAUAUCAGUUAUUCGCACAUCGAAAAAAGUAACGCAUAUUUUACAAAUGGCGGGAACGUCGUUGAGCAGUUCCUCAUAUUCCAAUUUUGACCAAGAAAUCACUCGAUCCAUCCUCACUGACACUUUUUUUAACCACAUGACUUACAUGAUAAUUCAAUUUUCACAUCACCCACACGAUAAUUUGAUCCCCAAUAACGGUUUAUCAUUCCGAACACUACAAUUCCCCCGAUAACUGCACUGUUUGCACUUCACUGCCGAGUCCCUUACUGACUACAGACUCUACAAAACAAAGCCACUCUGAGUCACUCACGUGACCACAACAAGCAAUAGCUCACUUGCUCCCCCACUUGUCGCUGAAAACUGAUAUUCCCUCGCCAUUGUUUUCAUCAAUUUCCGACUCGAAACGGUAUAACGCGCAAAUUGUAACAUAAACAGUUGAACAUGAACCUGAGUACUAGAUAAUUUGAAAAUUAUUAUGAUCAGUGGAUUCUAAUUAUAUUGUACGAAUAUAUAUUGUAUAUUAUUGACAAUAAGAACUGAUUAUUUACGCU